UCUGCUGCUUUCCGUGAUGCAUCCUGAUUGUCAGAAUUGGGGAAAAAAGAGGAUCUAAGAAAAGAAGAGUGGGUUAAUGUCAUUCUCCAUAAUAUAGACAACCUUUUUCUUUAUGUGAUUACAUUUUGAGCAAACUGGCUUAUCUUUUUGGUGUUUUUGUUUUGGCACAAUUUCCAAAGUAGCAUUGCCAGUGAUGGUCGAUACUAUCUUGAGAAAGAUUCUGGAGCAUAUAACCGACCAGUGCCUAAUAUGUUAUGACGUCGGAAUCCCCUGCACUGCUCGGCAAGACUGUGAUGAUCCCUCCUCUCUCAUUUUCCCUUUCCAGGAAGGAGAGAUUGAAAGAUGCAAAUCUUGUGACUCAGUAUUCCAUAAGCAUUGUUUUAAGAGGAUAUCAUCUUGCCCAUGUGGCACUCGGUUGAAGACGAAGCAGGAAGGCAAUUCAACUAAGGGCAGCCAGAACAUGGGCAACUGGGGAAUUCUCUCCUUGGACUUGCUCGGAAAGAGGGCAGACCUCAGUAAGGGGCUCGUUACGGGAUUGUUAGGGAAGGUAAGGUCACUCAAGUCUAGCAGGAAUGAAGAAGAGCAUGAAGACAAUAAUACCGUUAUCUUAAUGGAUUCAUUGCCAAUGACCACCCUCUGAAGGGCUGUACAUACAGUCUUCUCUUUUAGCGUUUGAAACUACUGUGAUUAGAAGCUUGUGCUUUAGCAAGCUUUAUUUGAGGUCAUAUUUGGUCUUGUCCUCCCACCAACUUGUAUUCUUUGUGAGUGCACAAUGGUGAUUCUUUCAAUAUCUCACAGUUAUCGUCCAUUAUAUCCAGUCAGUCAGUUGUAAAUGAAAUAUACAUGAUAUUUGCUUGUAAGUUCAGAAGAUCCAUUUGUAUUCGUUUGAAGCCUGACGGUCACUAUUUGAUAUGGUUCCUUGGAUUUAUUA